AAUCGAGCGCAGCUGCAAAAACCUCCGAGGCGAGACGGCACCACCAGCACCUAGCCUGCCCAAAACGCGCACCGCAUCGUCGCCAUGCAGAUGAACGUGAACAACUACACCGCCCCACCGCAAGCCGUGGCAUACAAUCCCGCCGCGCCGCAACCCGUGGCUUUCUUGCCUACCCUGCCGCAGCUGCCCGGCUAUGGAUACGCGCCGCAGCAACAGCCCACCGCGCCUCCUACCAACGACGGACAGAACAUCAUCGUCAUCAACAACCAGCCGGCAUCUGCGCCGGUAGCCGCUCAGUCACCGGCCGUGGCGCAGCAGGCCAUCGGGCCCGCGUCCAGAGGCGCGGCCUUCGUGAACCCGGUCCUCAACACGGAUGAUCCGGCCAACACCGUGUGCCCGUCCUGCCAGCAGCGCGUGCAGACGCUGACGCGCGGCGUCAAUGGGACCUUGACAUGGGUCGUGGCCGGAUCGCUCUUCUUUCUUGGCUGCUGGCCGUUCUGCAUCAUCCCCCUGUUCUGCAAAAAGUGCCAGGACAUCGAGCACACCUGCCCGUCCUGUCAAGGCCACAUCUACACCUACAAGAAAAUGUGAGCACGUGGCACCAUUGCCACGUGCACGCGGGCGUCGUGUGUGGGUUCGGCCGUCCGAUCGUUAUCUGAGCACACGGCGCCUGUGGGCCACGUCUGUGGUCUGUAAGUCACCCCGCCCAUUACUCAGAUAGCCCCGCCCACUACUUAGCUAGCCCCGCCUACUGCUGAAAGGCAACAGACUCAGACACUCGAUGAAAAUCACCGGUCAUCGAUCAGCCCCAUAUAUAUGUGUAAGAAAGUAGGCGUGGCUUUGCCCUUAGGGGCGUGUCUCUGCCCAUAUAUGUUCUUGUGAAACCCCAAUCGAGGUGGCCAUUUACUACUAUAAUGAGCCAAGAAUGUCUGUGUGUCCCGCGCGUGACGUGACUCCACGUCGACCAGCCCUCCUCAUUAAUAAUCAUGAAGA